UAUAACAAAGGUAAAAUGAAACACGAAUAUUUUUCAGGAAACAACCCCAAAGACCUAGAUGUGAACAUGUUUUUGAAAGAAGCUUUGCUAAUGAAGGAUUUUCAUCAUAACAAUGUUAUGGAGCUGAUAGGGAUCUGUCUUGGAGUUGACAAACUUCCGCUUGUCGUGCUGCCUUUCAUGAGGAAGGGAGAUGUACUGUCUUACAUCAGGGACGUCAAUAAUCAACCUACAGUGAAGGAGCUGGUAGUGUUUGGAGUAGAUAUUGCAAAUGGAAUGCAUUAUCUCUCGCAACUGAAAUUCAUCCACCGCGACCUAGCUGCAAGAAAUUGUAUGAUCGACGAUAACAUGAGGGUAAAGGUAGCAGAUUUUGGCUUGUCACGUGACGUAUAUGAGAAAGAAUACUACAGUUCUUGUGACAAAAAGGCGCAACUUCCGGUUAAAUGGAUGAGUCCAGAAAGUCUAGAGUUUGGGCUGUUCACACACAAGUCGGACGUGUGGUCAUUCGGUGUGGUUCUAUGGGAGCUUCUGACCAGAGGUGUGAACCCUUACCCAACAGUAGAUAACUGGGAUAUUCUGAGGUACCUUAAAGCAGGCAGAAGACUGUACAAACCUGACUUUUGUCCUGAUGAAAUGUAUCGCAUUAUGCAGCAAUGUUGGAAUUGGAAUCCAGAUGAAAGGCCAUUGUUUGGUGAUCUGACCAUCAAAAUCCCCGAGUUACUCAGGAACCUAGAGAGAGCAUCUGAGAAACGAAAACAACUAGAAACAAGCUACUGAACACAUAUUCCUACAGAAAGUAGUUGUCAUAUGUAUAUAUUGUAGAAAUAUGGGAACACUUCUUCCGGCAAAAUUGUCAUUUUUCUUUUCUUUACAUCUGUAAUGGUGAUUAAAUUGGUCUGAACAUAUCAAUAAUGUGGCUGAUACUUUAAAGAAUGACAAAGGACAUUUAUUUAAAUUCCUAGAAUAUGUGUCUAUUCAUUUGAAUUUUAAAUGUAUAACUUCAAAAUCAUUCAACAACAUUCUACUUACAUUUUUGGAAAGGAAAUGUAUUAUUGAUUUAGUAUAUUAGGAAACACAAUUUUAUAUUAGAAUUGUUUAUUUUGUUGUUUGUUUUAUUUUGCAAACACAGGCUAUGAAUGUAAAUAUAUAUAUACUUUUUAUUUUGUGACAAAAGAAUAUCAUAGACAGAAACUAUUUUUGGAUAUUACAUGGAAGGAAAGUCUCCACAGCUUUUAUAAAUACUUCCUAAAAUAGUGAAAAGUAGGAAUUUAAUAGAAAGUUUGCCUACAAAUCUGAAAGACAUUUAUUUCAAAACUUAAACUUAGUUCAAUUUUAAUACAGUCAUUCUGAUUCCUUAAUUCUGUUGCGUAUUUUUCAGUGCAAAUAUAUGAGUGAAUCCCUACAAAAUCAUAAGUUUAAAAAUAUGAGUAACAGCUGAAUGUCACAUACACGUUAUUUAUGAACAUAGGCCUGAUAUCUGUUGAUAUUGUUUCCUUUACAUGAACUGUACAUGUAACUUAAGAUAUACGAGGACCUCGUAUGAUAUUAGGUGUUUACUGUCAAGCUUGCACAUUUUGAAAACAACAGUUUUUAGCUCAACUGAGCACGAAGUGCUCAUAGUCAUGUUUCAAAAUCUAAAGAUGUCAGUCCUCCUUUCGUCCGUCGUUCUCUUAUGUCUUUAAAGAACCCGCCCUAAACUACCUUGCCAACUUCAACCAAACUUUAAAGGAGUAAUCCUUUUAUUUAUUUAUUUAUUCAUUUGGAUUUUAUGGCGCACCAA